AUGAAUUCUUCCCAGCAGACUAUGAGUUUGAAAUUACCUGCUUCACAUGAUUCAAGCAAUAUUCAGUCUGUCCUUGAUGCCUAUGGUCUUGAGUUUACUUCAGAUGGGAAAUUGAUCCGCUGGUCGGCUUCAAACAAAAAGCAUCCCAGGAACUGGUCAACAUCCCGGAAGAGUUUUGAUAGUAGUGUGAUUAUCUUCCUCGAACUAUUCACAACUGCAAUUAGUACUGCUGGGAGCACCACGGCCGAUCAUGCUGCAGAAGAAUUUGGCAUCGGACGAACAUUCUCCAUCUUUCUCUUCGUCUCGUUAUAUCUUAUCGGGCAAUGUAUUGGUGGUAUCAUCUUUCCAUCCUACUCCGAGGCCUCUGGCCGUAGAAGGCUAUACAUCAUCAGCACUUCGCUGUACAGCGUCUGCUGCGUCAUUGCCGGUGUAGUUCCACACAUUGCCGGUGUUGCAGUUGGACGUUUCUUUUCGGGCCUGUUGUCCGCAAUUCCGACCAUUAUUGUUGCGGGGAGCAUCGAAGACAUGUUCAAUUCUAAAGACCGUGUUUGGCUGGUCUUCAUAUGGGCCCUGGCCUCCAACAUUGGUCUCACUUUGGGUCCAAUUAUGAGUACCUAUAUCACCGUAGAACUGGGCUGGAAGUGGCUGUUCUACGUUGCUGCAAUUGUCACUGCGAUGAAUGCGCUUGCUUUGGGUUUUGUUCGCGAAUCGCGGCCAUCAUUGCUUCUCGAACGAGAGGUAGCGAAAGUGCGCAAAGACACUGGAAUCAGCACGCUCAGAGCGUUGAAUCCCGAUCACACUCCCGAUCUGCGCACAUUUGCCCGUCAGGCCUUGUUCCGUCCAGUGCAUCUGUUCUUCACCGAACCUAUUGUCUGCAUGGUGUCGGUAAUGAGCGCGGUCGCUUUUGCUAUAAUCUACUUGUUCACUGAAGCCUUACCUUUGGUUUAUGAGGCCAUGGGCUUUUCGGAAGAAUCCUCGAACCUACCAUUCAUUGCGAUUUCUAUCGGUCUUAUGCUGGGACUGCUCACCCGCAUCAAGGACCACCACACCGUCCUCCAGCAUGAAGAGCAAAACAUACCACUAGAGCCAGAAGCCAAGCUUGUUGGCUUUUCAAUCGGUGCGCCGAUGCUUGCGGGUGGUCUAUGGUGGUUUGCUUGGACUAUUCCUCCUCUCGUUCCCAAUGUUGACUGGGUUGUCUCUGCUAUUGCCUUGGUUCUCAUUGGAUACGCUUGCAACGAGUUCGAUGCUGUCCUUGCGGGCUAUCUCGCAGACAGCUAUCUUAGCUAUGCUGGAAGUGGAUUUGCCACGCUGUGUAUGCUCCGCUCCUUGCUGUCGGCUGCAUUUCCAUUGUUCGCACAGCAAAUGUUUAAUGGACUGGGUGCGAAUGUGGCAGCUUCGACACUGGCGGCAGUAGCAACGGUAUUUUGUAUUGUUCCCCCAAUAUUCACGAGAUACGGCAAGAGAAUCCGUGCAAGGAGUAAGUUUGCACGGUACAGCCUGGCGGUUUAUCAAGAGAAUGGUGUGGACACAGACGGAUAUUGA